UUUUUUAGUUUUUAGGUGAGAGAUGAUGGAUAGUAAGGAAACUCAUAAUGAGGAGGUUGAUAGUGAGGAUAUUAAUCCUAUUGAUAGUGUAGAGAUAGAGCAGGAGGUGAGUCAAGAGAUAGGGAAGUUAGAGAAUCGAACCUCUCAUUAUGAUAGUGCUCCGAAGUUAAAGAAUUUACAUAUGGAAGACUCAUGAUUUGAGUAUAAUGAGAAGGCUGGUAUCUAUCCUGAGAAUGCUAAGGAUAAGCAGAGUAGUCAGAAAAUAGUAUCGAAGGCCAUAGAUGAGAAUCAGUUGCAUUCAGAGGAUCCUUUCUCGCCAGUUCAUUAUGAAAUUGACCAAUCUCAGCAAUUUCAUGAUUUUAACCCAGAAAAUGAAUCCUUUGUGAAUUAUCAAACUCAACGUCAAACCAACAUAGAACCCUCAAAACCUCAAAAACAGCCACCGAGACACUCACAACCAAGUUUAUUUCGAACCCAGCCCUUUAAACGCCCAGAUACCUUAUUUUAAACCAAUUCCAACAUCAAACUCAAAUUAUCAAUUUCCAGAACCCUCAGAAUCCUCUCAAGGCUUAAUCCCUCUCGAAACCCACAAUCUCAUGAUCCAGCGAUACGAAUCUGUGCUUCAAUCGCUAAACUAUGAAUUCAAAUCAUCUCUUGAUCGAAACCAACAACUCCAGCAAGAACUCCAAAUCAUGGAGCAGAGCCAAGCUCAGGACAGGCACACAAUCUCAGAACUAAACACCGCUCUCUACAAUAACGAAGCUAGCGAAGAAGUUCAAAAGUUAUCGAAUGAAAGGAUCCAUCUCAAAAUUGAAAACGAGCAACUUUCGAACCAAAUCCUGCAGCUUGGAAUCCAACUUGAAGAGGCCAAGCAAGCUGCUAGCUCCACCAUCGCAGGCGCUCAGGAGAAGUAUAAACAAAGUGAACACUUCUUCCAAGCCCGAGUGGAUGAGACCAUUCAUAAAGCCAGAGAAGCCCAAGCAUUAGUCCGGGAAAAAGAGGAAGCUAACUUCGAACUUCUGAGAGAAAAUGAAGCUCUCCAGGCUGAUAUCAGAAAUCUUGAAGCUGUAGAGUCUUCAUUGAAGGACGAGAUAGAUGAGCUGGUUAGUAAGAGGAAGUCCUUGGAGGAUAUUAACCAAGCUCUUAAGAACCAAAUAUGCGAGCAAAAUAUUGACCUAAGGAAGCUAGAUUCAGCUAAUAGCACUUUGAUAAGAGAGAAUCAAUCUUUAAUGAAGAACAUCGAGAUGUACAAGAUUAAUACUGAGGAAAUCUUAAAUGAGAAUAAUUUACUCAAGGAUAGGAUUGAUCAACUUGAAGUUGACUUUACAGAUCAAGAGCUAUUAAUUCGACAGCUCAAGUCUGAUAAAGAGCAGCUGAAAGUAGAAGUAGAUAGGGUUAAAAGGAACAGAACUCUUAGCAGAGACUCUUCCAGGAGAUCUCUAUCCAAGAAUACUCCUAUCAAAGACAUAGAGGAUGAAAGAGCCUUCAGUAAAAAUAUAGGAAACAACGUUCCAAAAACGCAUAACGUACACUUUGAUAUUCCAACAAAGCGGCCAGUUACUUCAAGGGAUAAUUUUUCAAAUCCUUCUGCUAAGAGCUUGUAUGAGGAAUAUAUGCUAAAAAUGGGUAAUUCUCAAGCUCCAAGCUUAGGAUCUCCCAGAAAGAACCAAACAUCUGAUCUGAAGUUCUCUAAUAUUGUCUCAAGAAUAAUGAAAGAGUCGAUGCAAAAUAAAGGAGUAGAGAAUUAUCAUCAGAUAGAAGAGGACUCCGCAGCUAAAGCUGAAUACUUUACCCCUCAAAAACCUCAAAGAAGCAGGAAUUCUGUACAAUAUGCACCAGUGCAAAGGAACUCGAAUCAAGGGUCUUCAGAUGGAUUUAGACAAGCUCUUGGAAUCAGCUCUUCUGAAACUAAUGUAAAUAACACUCAACCAGAUAAUUAUAAGGAAGAAAUACAAAUUGAUGAACUCCCUCCAGCUGGAUUGAAUAGUUGCAUUAAAGAUAGGAAAUACGCUAGUUUGAUAGGCGAUAAACAAGGGUCUAGUUCAAACCGAAACUUGAUGCCCUCAUUUUCUCAAGCUUCUUUGAAUAAACCUAACCACCAGGUCUCAGUAAAGGAAGUUCAAGCUGAACUUUUGAAAUUUCAGAUAGAAAAGCAGAACUUAGAAAAUGAAUACAAUAGGAUACCUCGAACUUAUAUGAAAUCUAUUGCUCAGCGUCAGAGGAAGAAUGUCCUAGAGCAAAAGAUUGAAGAAGUUGAUAAGCAGAUAAAUGAGGCCAAGCUAUUCAUUAGAAGGAAGAAGACAGAAAGAGAACGGUCAUUAUAA